AUGUAUGCUGAAAUUCAGUUAAACAUGGAUGAAUCUCAAAUGAAGUUGAAGCCACUAAGGAGCCAGUCCUCAGUCCACAAAAAAGAAAGUGAAACUACAGAUGCCAGUUAUGCUAAAGAGAGCAAUAAUCUCUCAAAAAGCAUACAUACUCUGCAUAAUAAUUUCAUUUGGAAUGACUGUAUGUCUUGCACCAAUGAUUCCAUAGCCUGCACUUGUAACUACCUGGACCUGCCAUCCUGUGGGAGUAAAACUGGAAAACUCCAUGAUUCUUCUGAUGCGUCAGUGGAUAAAUUAUUGUGUUUCAAAAAAGGAACUCCAAAACUUAGUGUGGGAGGCUCAGGUCACGGUUUCUCAAGUGGUAAUUUUACUGGAAGGAUGCCUUCAAAGCCUCUUCUGAGCCAUUUUGAAAACUGCACUGCCCACAGAAUUAUGGAGGAAAAUUUUUCCCGAAGUAAGAAGGAGCGUUCUACCUUAUUAAUAAGAAGAUUUUGCAAAAAUGAUAAGGAGAUUAAGAAAUCAGUCUACACUGGAACCAGAGCAAUUGUAAGGACUUUACCAUCAGGGCACAUAGGGGCUAUUGCUUGGAAUUGUGUUGCUCAGUGGAAGAUUCAUACUGAAUUAAGGAACACUGGGAUUAUAUCAGAGCAGCUAAAAAUCCUUCAAGUUUCAAUAAGUCAAGCAUUAAAUUAUUAUCUUCUGCAAUCUAUGCAGCAUGGGCUCUUCAGGUCAACACAAGGAGCUGAAGAUUCUUUGGACUGCUUUCCCUAUCCAGAGAGGAUUUUGUUAAGAUCAGGCCAUCAUGCAAAUUGCAUGACCCCAUGUCCUCAAAGAGUUUCUGAAUACCGGGCUACUUUAAGUAGAACUUCUCUUUCAGACUUUAUCAGUGGAGCCUUACUCGAAGCUACUAUAUCUCUGGGAGCAAGAAGUGGCACCUUAAAUAUUUCAGGAGGAUCAACUGGGAAGAUCAUGUUAAAAGAACGACAGAUGAGUUCAUCGAUGGCUGCAUCAAAUGCCCUUACUUCCACCACCAGUAAAGAACUUGUAGACCUGCAACAUCUCAUUCAAUUUCCAGAGGAAGUUGCUAGUAUCCUGAUGGAGCAGGAGGAGGAUCUUUACAGAAAAGUGUUGCCCAUUGACUAUCUCUGCUUCUUAACCAGAGAUUUGGGAAAUGCUGAAUGUCGGAACAAACUUUCAUCCAUUAAAGCAACUUUUCUCUCUGUCCCAGAUGGGGAGCAGAGUGCUCUUGAAAAUUUGGUGACACGAUUCAAUGAGGUAAGCUCUUGGGUGACAUGGUUGAUUCUGACUGCUGGUUCUAUGGAGGAAAAGCGAGAAGUUUUCUCUUAUGUAAUACAUGUGGCAAAAUGUUGCUGGAACAUGGGCAACUACAAUGGUGUAAUGGAAUUCUUGGCAGGGCUCAGGUCAAGAAAAGUUUUAAAAAUGUGGCAGUUCAUGGACCAAUCUGAUAUUGAAACAAUGCGAAGCUUGAAAGAUGCUAUGGCACAGCAUGAAUCAUCAUUUGAAUAUAGAAAAGUUGUCAACAGAGCUCUGAAUAUCUCUGGCUGUAAAGUAGUUCCUUUUUGUGGUGUAUUUUUAAAAGAGCUCUAUGAAGUUUUGGAUGGGGCUGCAAGCCUCAUCAGACUUUGUCCUCAGUAUAAUUCUCAGGAUGAAACACUAGAGUUUGUUGCAGAAUAUAGUGGUCAAGAUAAUUACUUGCAAAGGAUAGGUCAAGAUGGUCUACAUGAUAUAGAAAAAGAAUCUAUGGCUAAUUACAUAUUUCAAACAAUUCGAAGCUGUAAUCGAAGCUUAGAGUCAGAAGAUGGAGAAGAUAACUUUAUUGAAUAUGAAGGUGGAAACUCCAGAAAAAAUUCUUUGAAGGAGAAAACUCUCUAUCACUUAACAACUGGAGAGCUGUCAGAUUCUGAAAAUGACAUAUUUGAGCAGUCCAAAGAGUGGGCUACCCAGGCUGCUGAAGAACAACAAGAAGCUUUCGGCCAUGGAAUAGAGAUAAUACCCUGGUAUGUACUGUCAAUCAGAGCUGAUGUCCAUCAGUUCAUGUUGCAAGGCGCAACCGUCAUACGUUAUGAUCAAGAAACUCACUUAUCAGCUCGCUGUUUCCUUCAGCUUCAACCUGACAAUAGUACACUGAUAUGGACAAAGCCAACCAUUGCUUGCUGUGCAAAUUCUAAAAUAAAACUUAACACAUUAGGUAGCACCACUGACCUUGGAAAAUUUCAGUUUCUUGGCAGUACUGGAUUAAAUGGAGUGGCCGAGGGUUGCUUAGAUCUGCUGUCAGCGAAAGCUGUGUAUAUGGGACACUCCGGCAUUGAUAUGCAUGCGGUGUGCAUCCAGAAUAACCUUUUAAACAUGACUCUUGAAGAGAAUGGUAUAACAUUAUUAUAUGGACUUCAAACUACUGAAAACAAAUUGCUGCACUUUGUGGCUCCAAAAUAUACGGUUAAAAUGUUGUUUCAUGGAUUGCUGGAAUUAAUUAAUGCUAUAAGGAAGAUGAGGAGAUUUCCUGAUCAGAGGUUACAGUGGCUGCGGAAACAGUACGUCAGCCUCUAUCAGGAGGAUGGCCGAUACGAGGGUCCAACCUUGGCUCAAGCGGUUGAGUUAUUCGGAGGGAGACGCUGGAGUACGAGAAAUGCAAACUCGGGAAAUUUGGCAAAAAGCAUAGAGAAGCCAGGCGUGCAAAGAACCAACACUUUAGGAAUCAGUGCAGCUAAGAAGAAAAAAAAAGCGCUCAUGAGGGGUGAAAGUGGAGAUGGCACUGAUGAUGAGAUGGCAAGUCGAAAAGUAAGACCUCUUAAGGAAAAUCGGAAUAGAAGUGGUUCAGACCCUCAAGAUAUUGAUGAACAAGAAGAACCAGAUCCAACUCUUCUGGUUACUUUUACUGGAGCAAACACUCUGCCUUCCAGAAGAACACAGUCACUGACCACUUCAGAGCCACCGAGUGUAACACCUGGUUUCUCUUCACCUGUUAGACCACAGUCUUCUCCCGUGAUGUCACCGUCAAUAAAAAGCCAACCUAGCACCUGGAGCAGUAGUAGCUGGCAUGGAAGAGGUAAAGGAGGAUUGAAAGGCUUCCAGACAUGUAUGGCUUCUGAUAGCAAUAUGAGCUUUGUUGAAUUUGUAGAGCUCUUCAAGUCUUUCAGCGUACGAAGCCGCAAAGAUCUCAAGGAUCUUUUUGAUACAUAUGCCAUACCAUGCAAUCGUCUGAGUCCUGAUUCAGCUCCAUUGUAUACUUCCCUGAAGAUUGAUGAGAAUACAAACGGCCUCCAGCCUGAUUUAGAUUUAUUAACGAGGAACAUAGCAGAUCUGGGCUUGUUCAUUAAGAAUAGGCAGCAGCUGUCAGACAACCAGCGACAAAUAUCGGCUGCUAUUGCUGCCGCAAGCAUUGUUACUAAUGGCACCGGAGUAGAGAGCACAUCUUUGGGAGUAUUUGGUGUGGGAAUACAGCAACUGAAUGAUUUCUUGGUAAAUUGCCAAGGAGAGCACUAUACUUAUGAUGAAAUCCUCAGUAUUAUUCAGAAAUUUGAACCAAGCAUCAAUAUGUGUCAGCAGGGGCUAAUGUCAUUUGAAGGAUUCACACGGUUUCUGAUGGAUAAAGAUAAUUUUGCCUGUAUGAAUAAUGAAUCUCAAGAGAACAUAGAAGAUUUACAGUUUCCACUCUCAUAUUAUUACAUCGAAUCUUCACACAAUACGUAUCUCACAGGACAUCAGCUUAAAGGAGAAUCUUCAGUUGAACUUUACGGCCAGAUUUUAUUACAAGGUUGUCGGAGUGUGGAAUUAGACUGCUGGGAUGGUGAUGACGGCAUGCCUGUAAUUUAUCAUGGACAUACACUUACUACCAAGAUAGCUUUUAAGGAAGUAGUUGAAGCUAUUGAUCGUAAUGCUUUCAUUACUUCAGAUAAUCCAGUUAUCAUAUCUAUUGAGAAUCAUUGUUCUUUGCCACAGCAACGAAAGAUGGCUGACAUUUUCAAGAAUUCAUUUGGGGAUAAACUGGUAACUAAAUUUUUAUUUGAAACUGACUUUUCUGAUGACCCAUUGUUACCUUCUCCCCAUCAAUUAAGAAGAAAGAUUCUGCUUAAAAAUAAGAAGCUCAAAGCACAUCAAACUCCAGUGGAUAUAUUAAAACAAAAGGCUCAUCAGCUGGCAUACAUGCAGGCUCAGGCAAGCAAUGGUAGCAAUGUGGGAAAUCUUUCCACUGCUAACGAAGAAGAGGAGGAUGAAGAAGAUGAAUAUGAUUAUGACUAUGAGUCCUUGUCUGAUGCUGAUGUCCUUAAUGCUUCUCCUGCUGCUAACAGCCAGGAAGAUAACAUUUUGGAAGACCGACCUGAGAGUAAAUUAACGAUUGAUAAGCUUCAGUUUGAAUUUGGUGAAGAAAGUGCCAAGAGAAUUAAAAAGGCUGAUAGCACCGUGUGCAGCUGUAAAGGAAAGGUUUAUGAUAUGGAACUGAGUGAAGAAUUUUAUCUUUCCCAAAAUAAAAAAGAAAGUAGACAAAUAGCACCAGAACUCUCCGAUCUUGUCAUUUACUGUCAGGCUGUAAAAUUCCCUGGCUUGUCGACUUUAAAUCCAUCUGGUUCUAGCCGAGGGAAGGAAAGAAAGAGCCGGAAGUCCAUUUUUGGCAACAGUCCAGGAAGGCUGAGCCCAGGGGAGACAACCAUACUUGCAAAAGCAUCUGGAAAAGGAACCUCUGAUAGUGUACGGCAGACCUGGGAAGAAACCUCUUCCCCUCUUCCCACAACUUCUCUGAGUUCUAUAAUAAGGACGCCGAGGUGCUACCACAUUUCUUCCUUGAAUGAAAAUGCUGCCAAGCGCUUGUGCAGGCGAUAUUCUCAGAAACUGAUACAGCAUACCAACUGCCAGCUACUGAGAACCUAUCCGGCAGCAACCCGCAUCGACUCCUCCAACCCUCAUCCCCUUCUAUUCUGGCUCCAUGGAGUACAGCUAGUGGCACUGAACUACCAGACGGAUGAUCUUCCCCUGCAUUUGAAUGCAGCAAUGUUCGAAGCCAACGGAGGCUGUGGAUAUGUUCUGAAGCCACCUGUUUAUUGGAAUAAGAACUGCCCCAAAUAUCAGCAGUUUUGUCCUUUAGAACGAGAUUUUGACAAUAUAGAACCGGCUAUUUAUUCACUAACAAUUGUGUCCGGACAAAAUGUUUGUCCCAGCAACAGCACAGGAAGCCCGUGCAUUGAACUUGAUGUGCUUGGGAUACCUCUGGAUAGCUGUCAUUUCCGCACCAAACCGAUUCAUCGCAAUACUCUAAAUCCCAUGUGGAAUGAACAGUUCCUUUUCCGGAUUCACUUUGAGGAUCUAGUAUUCCUUCGUUUUGCCGUUGUUGAAAACAAUUCCUCAACUGUGAUGGCUCAGAGAAUAAUUCCUCUGAAAGCUUUAAAGAGAGGUUACAGACAUCUCCAAUUACGAAACCUGCAUAAUGAAGCAUUAGAAAUCUCCAGUUUGUUUAUUAACAGCCGAAGAAUGGAAGAAAGUUCUUGUUUGAUUGCUGUACCUACUUCUUGGCAAUUCAGCACAACAGAAUGGAGAGCAGCUGCAGUGUACAGAGUCACCAUACAUGGCGUUCCAGGUCCAGAACCAUUCACAAUUUUUCCUGUAAGGCAAGGAACUACAGUAGCUCAGCUUUUGCAUGAAAUUUUGGCUAAUGCAAACGGUAUUGGAAACUAUCCCACUGACUAUUUUUUGAUGGAGGAGAAAUGCUUUAUAUCUAAAGACAGAAAUGAGUACAGGAAACCACCGUUCCAGAGGGUACUUGGCCCUGAGGAAGAGCUUGUCCAGCUCUUGAACAGCUGGUUCCCAGAGGAAGGCUAUGUCGGAAGAAUUAUCUUUAAAAUGCGCGAGGAAAGUUUAAAUACAAGGAAUCCCUGUCAAGAGGAAAAAGAUGAUGCCCUCGCAGUCUCUGAAGAUGAUAGUUUCUUUGUUCAAGUUCAUGAUGUUUCCCCUGAGCAACCUCGGACAGUCAUCAAGGCUCCUUGCUUCAGCACAGCCCAGGAUGUAAUCCAGCAGACUUUAUGCAAAGCCAAAUACUCUUACAGUAUUUUGAACAAUCCUAACCCAAGUGAUUACGUCCUUUUGGAAGAAGUAUCAAAAGAGGCAGCAAACAAGAGAUGUUCCACACCCAAAACAUGUCAGAGGAUCCUUUUGGACCAAGAAUGUGUGUUUCAGGUUCAGAACAAAUGGAAAGGAGCUGGUAAAUUUAUUCUUAAACUUAAGGAACAAGUACAAGCAGGCCGAGAUGAUAAAAGAAAAGGCAUUUCCUUGGCUAAUGAAUUUAAGAAAUUAACAAAGUCAAGUAAGCAGUACAGAGGCUUUAUAACUCCACCUCUACAAACUUCUCCAGAAGGUCUUCAGAGUAAAGAUGAUAAGGCCACUUGCCAUUUGACCUUUAGUGAUGCUAUGGAAUAACUUAACAGCUUUCAAUUCAGGUAUUAUAAAUACACGAGACAACAGCCACAGUGAAGAUGAGGAGCUAUAAAAACGAAUCCUUCGGCCUCCUAUUCGGGCAGUCCUUUUUCUGUUACUGGAAUAUGUCUCUGAAAGAGAGGGGGGAAAAAACCUUUGGUGAAUGGAAGAAAUCAGCAGUGAGGCCCUGGAAGGGCUUGCUGAGGUUGAUUGACAAUGCAGGUGAGAUGGACAUGAGAGACUGAUGGAUUUCUGCAAAGGAAAAGUUGUGACUUUGAGCUUUGAAAGAAUCCCAUGGAAGAAUUUGAAAAUAGUUUUCUUCUUCAAAAUCAGCACCUUGGUUUGGGAGAACAAAGCAUGCACCUUAUGUAGUCCCUUGCAAACAGAAGCCUGUUUUUUGGAAUAGAAGAUUUUAAUAAGUAUCUUAAGGGAAAAUAAAGGUUCAUAAUGUUUCAUAGUUUGUUGCAUAAUUGUAAUGCACCUUUAAGAAUUCCUCUUCACACUCAUAUGGUCAAAAGGCGGAUGUAUGUAGUACAUUGCAAUUCACUUUUUUUAGUAGAAUAUUGUGAGUAUAUCAUUUGUCUUAAUGUCAGUGUACAGUAGAUGGUAUAUAUAUUGAUUAGAAGAGAAUUUUUUCAGGCAAUGUAUCCUAGUUUCCCUGUUUUGAAAUACAGUAAUUUAUUUUAAUAUUUUAAUGUGACACUGUAAUAUAUUUAUCAUGUCUUGCUUUAGAGAAUUUUACCUAUCUUUAUAGAAAGUGUUACUUAUUUCUCAAUUUAAAGGGGUAAAUGUUUAAUUUUAAUGAAAAAGUACAUUUAUACAUCUAUAUGUUGAAUAUCUCAGUAAG